GAAUAUGUGGUGGUAGAAGGAUAGGAGAAGAGAGGGGCAUCCCUUCCGGUGUCUUCUUCUAUUAUAGAUGAUCCAUUGAGAAGGCUCCGAAAGGACAAAGCAAAGAAGAGCAAUGGCAUUCCAAGGGACACAGACGAAAUGCACGGCCUGCAGCAAGACGGUCUACCUGGUGGACAAGCUCACCGCUGACAGCCGAGUCUACCACAAGGCAUGUUUUAAAUGCCACCACUGCAAGGGGACUCUGAAGCUGGGGAAAUUAUAACUCGUUUGAGGGAGUCUUGUAUUGCAGGCCUCACUUUGAUCAACUCUUCAAGAUGACUGGCAGCCUGGACAAGAGCUUUGAAGGGACUCCGAAGAUUGUCAAACCAGAAAAACCUGCUAUUACUGAGAACCCAGCAGCCAGCAAAGUCUCAAGUGCAUUUGCAGGGACCAGAGAGAAGUGUAUUGGAUGCAAGAAGACAGUGUAUCCCAUUGAGAGGGUUACAGUUAAUGGGACUGCAUAUCACAAGAGCUGCUUCAAAUGCACUCAUGGAGGAUGUGUGAUUAGCCCUUCAAAUUACAUUGCUCAUGAGGGAAGGCUGUACUGCAAGCACCACCACAUUCGACUGUUUAAGGAGAAGGGGAACUACAGCCAACUUGAAACUGAGCAAGAGAAGAUGGGGAAUGAGGCACCAGCCAGUGCAGGAGAACAAGAGUCAUAAUUCAUGAACACAGAUGCAGCUAUCCUAUUUCGCUUCCUGUAUGCUUCUUUAUCCCUUUCAGAACAGUGAUUCGCUGAAAUUUUAAUGUAUGGACCAUUAAAAUUGUUCAGUUGUGUUUUCAUUGGGAUUUUUCCAUGAUAUCUGCUGGCUUCGGAAGAACUCUGGAUAGAACUGGUGUCUGCUUGUAAAAUUUCUUAUUGGGUUCAUUCGUA